UGCCACUGAGUUUUGCUUAUAACCCUUUCUGGAUUGCAGAAAAGAACUAAUCUUGUAAAGUCAAAAUCACCAAAUCACAGCUUGAAGAAGGAGAGAGACUCAGAAAAUCUGUAGCUUGAUCUCUCUCUCAAGUUCAGUUUAACAAAUGGCGACAACAGUCAUGGCUUCUCUCCCUCAGUUCAAUGGCCUCAGACCCUCUGUUUCUGCAGCUCCUGUGCAGAGUCUGGCUGCGGUUGCUCAGCCGAUGAAGCGCAAGGGAACGGGAGCGUUGGGUGCCCGCUGCGACUACAUCGGUUCGCCCACUAACUUGAUCAUGGUGACCACAACAAGCCUGAUGCUGUUUGCCGGGAGGUUCGGGCUGGCGCCGUCGGCGAACAGGAAGGCCACCGCGGGGCUGAAGUUGGAGGCGAGGGACUCGGGGCUGCAGACCGGCGACCCGGCCGGCUUCACUCUCGCCGACACUUUGGCUUGCGGCUCUGUCGGCCACAUCAUCGGUGUGGGGGUUGUUCUUGGCCUCAAGAACAUAGGUGCUCUGUAAAGACAAGAUGUUGAGGAAAAAUCUGCACUCGUUUUGUUUUAGUUUCAUGAUCCUCCUGUCCAUACUUUUAUUUCUCCCAGUAAUAUAUCUUUAUCCUAUUUAUGUAACAUUAAUUUGA